AUGGCUGCGAACGUGCGUCUGCCACAAAUCACUACAACAGCUCCACGUCCCGGCAUCAGCUUUGUUCACUCUCAUUGGGCAAAAUAAAAGGCAUCACCAUUCCUCAAUAGCCUGGUUUUAUUGGUCAGAAUUCGAUUCGCCUCGUCAUUGGCUGCUCAGACGAGACCUACUUCUCAGCCUAUCAGCGAAGGGACGAGGUACUAAAGCGGGGCUGUAGACGGGGAGCGCCGUCUGCCCACUCGGUCCUGCAGCGAGUUGUUCCAAGCGGCGAGCGAGCCAGGGAAGAUGUCCGGGCGCGGGAAGCAGGGCGGGAAGGCGCGGGCCAAGGCCAAGUCGCGCUCGUCGCGGGCCGGGCUGCAGUUCCCCGUGGGCCGCGUGCACCGCCUGCUGCGCAAGGGCAACUACGCCGAGCGGGUGGGCGCCGGCGCGCCCGUCUACCUGGCGGCCGUGCUCGAGUACCUGACGGCCGAGAUCCUGGAGCUGGCGGGCAACGCGGCCCGCGACAACAAGAAGACGCGCAUCAUCCCCCGCCACCUGCAGCUCGCCAUCCGCAACGACGAGGAGCUCAACAAGCUGCUGGGCAAGGUGACGAUCGCGCAGGGCGGCGUGCUGCCCAACAUCCAGGCCGUGCUGCUGCCCAAGAAGACCGACAGCCACAAGGCCAAAGCCAAGUAAACGAAAAAGAAAAGCGGCACGUUGUCUCCUCCGGAGAAAAUAAUCCAAAGGCUCUUUUCAGAGCCACCCACAAAAUCAUAAGAGAGCUCAGUUAUCCA